CCUGAGAAUAUCCUGUUACAAGACAAGAAUAGUACAGCAGUAAAGUUGAUCGACUUUGGACUUUCGAGGAAAAUUCUUCCGAGAGAAGAUCAUAGGGCAAUAAUGGGAACAGCUGAGUUUUGUGCACCUGAAGUUAUAAGUUUUGAACCAUUGUCUGUACAAACUGAUAUGUGGAGUAUAGGUGUCAUAACUUAUGUUCUUUUAUCUGGACUUUCCCCUUUCCUGGGGGACAAUCAGCAGGAAACAUACCAUAAUAUCACCUCCAUUAACUUCGAGUUUGAUGAGGAGUACUUCAACGGGACCAGCGAUCUUGCCAAGGACUUUAUCCAAAAACUUCUAGUCAAAGAUACCAGGAAAAGAGCCAAUAUACACGACUGCCUAAACCACCCCUGGAUAAAGCCUGUAGAAAAGCGUGACCAGGUGCUUCGUAGAUCCUCCGUUAUAAACACAGAACACCUUAAAAAGUUUAUAGCUAGACAAAGGUGGAAGCGCUCCAUGAAAGUAGUUUCUCUUUGUAACCGAUUAUCCCGUAGUAUGCAGCUUAGACGUAUCAUGAGUUCCGACACCAUUGGUAGCACCUCCGAGGAGGAUAAAGCUGAGAAUUUCGUGCAGGCAGCCCUGUUUUGUGCCUCAGAGGAGGGUAAUGUACAAGGCAUCAAAAGUCUCACAGAUAUGGCUCAGAAAAUUGAUCUUACAACAGCUAAUAGGCAUGGUGAAACUGCAGUGCAUAUGGCUGCAAGUGGAGGUCAUACAGAGGUCAUAAAAUUCCUGAACUCUAAAGAGGUUGAUAUUGGUGCUCUAGACAAGCAUGGUGACAGUGCAGUUUACUGGGCAGCAAGGCAAGGUCAUGUAGAGGUCAUUAAGUACCUAUAUGAUGAGGGCAUCCCCUUAGAUACACAAAAUAAGUCUGGUGAAACAGCAGCCCAUGUUGCAGCGAGAUAUGGCCACUUACAAGUUAUUGAUUUCUUGGCAUCGACAAAAGUAAACCUGAAUGUACAAGACAAUCUUGGUGAGACAGCUCUUCACAAUGGAGCGUGGCACGGGUUUACGAACAUUGUGCACGUGUUAUGUAGAGCUGCAGUUAAAUUAGAUAUACAGAAUAAAGAUGGAGACAGUGCCCUACAUUGUGCCGCUGCACGAGGACAUGUGGAAUGUGUGAAAAUCUUACUGGAGGCAGGAAUGCCUCUAGACUUAAAGGACAAGCGUGGAUGUACAGCUCUAUAUUUAGCAUGUAAUCGUCAGCAUACACCCAUUGCCCUCAUGCUGUUACAUUCUGGGUGCCGUAUGGAUGAUAUCAUUCAGGACGCCGGUGAAUAUACUUUACACUGUGCAAUACGUGAAGGGCUGUCCACUGUUGUUCAAACCAUGUGUGCAUUUGGCUGUAAAGUUGAUGUGUUAACCAAGGAGACAAAUGUAACACCACUACAUGUUGCCAGUAAAUGUGGUUAUAUUGAAAUAGUACGAUGUCUGUUACUAUCUGGUGCACAGUCGUAUCUUAACAAGGAUGGAGUCUCACCAGAGAUUAUGGCAUUGGCAGAGGGGUACACGGAUAUAGCUGACCUUCUUAACAGAGUUAGAGGGGAUCGGGGAGAGACAUAUAUCAAACAGUUAAUGAUGUCAUCACUGCCGCUACCUCAGGUCAAGGUCAAAGUCCUCGGCUCCACCGGUGUCGGAAAAACUACGCUUAUCGAGACCUUGAAGUGUGGUCUAUUAAGUAGUUUCUUCAGGAGGUCACGGCUGAGCAGUUCUAGUGCAAACCCUGGCCAUAGCUCCAAGUCUAAAGAAAUGAAACCCCGUCUACCCAGACAGUACAGCCUGCCUACACCACUAUGUUAUUCUGUUGGAAAUCCUCAGUACACAAAGGGCAUUAAUAUACAGCACAUUAAUAUAACAGAUGGAAGGUCCUCUUUCAUAUCAAAUCUGGAGGGUGUUGGAGAGUUAAGCAUGUGGGAUUUCUCUGGUUACGAACCAUAUUACAUGUUGUACGAUCAUUUCCUGGGAGAGACGGGCUGUAUACAUGUAGUCAUGUUCAGUUUAAUGGAUCCAUUUGAUGAACAAAUUGCUCAAGUUUUCUUUUGGCUCAACUUCCUUAAGUCGCGAGUUACACCCCUUUUACCUCUAGGCUAUUGUGGACAGCUACCAAAUCGUCCCACCGUAAUACUCAUUGCCUCACAUGCGGAUAAAGCAGGCUGCUCGAAGAAUGCCCGAGGUGAAUAUGUCAGUCCUGUUGCCAGCAACAUCCUGGCUAAAAUUCAGCAGAAGUUUCGAAAUGACCUUGACAUUUUGGAGAGAGUUUUUGUCUUGGAUAAUCAGGUUGGCAUGACGCCAGAUAUCAAAGCUUUGAAACACCAACUGUAUCUGCAUAGAGCUCAUAUCCUCAGGUCUGUGGGUAAAAGCAGUGGAUUCCUGGAGGCCAUGUUGAUGACCUUACCGUCAUGGAGACGAUCAUCCUCAUCUUACCCUGUGUUGUCAUGGCAACAGUUUAUAGAGUUUGUGAGGUCAAAGGUCAAUCCAUUAGUUGGUGAGAACCAUAUAAAACACCUGGUGGAGCAGCUGCAGAUUAUCGGAGAGAUUGUGUAUCUAGAAAAAGACUCUGGAGAAAGUCUUGUAGUAUUGAAUCCAAAGUGGUUAUGUUAUGACAUUAUUGGUAACCUCAUAUCGCAUGAGAAAAUUGUACAGUCAAGAAUCACCGGUUGUUUCACGGUUGAUGAAUUUCAAAUCAUGUAUCCAGAGACUGAUGCCUUGGACUUGCUCAAUGUAUUAGAGGCUUUAGAAGUGUGUACACGAUGUGAGAAUGAUGAUGAGAUCGAAUAUGAAUUCCCGUGUUUAAACUUUGUCGAGACUUUAAACGGCUUAUGGCUUCGAGAUUUGAAACAUUUUGGUAACGCUUUGUACGGUGGUUUACGUAUUAAGUCGACAGAUAGUUUAGCUCAGUUGAAGCAUAUAUUUCCUCGUAUACAAACGCAUUUACGUAGAAAUAUUAUACAAGAAGGUGAUGACCCAGAUUCAGACUUGUAUCAGUGGCAUCAUGGGUCGAAAUAUUGUUGUGGCGACCUUGAGGGUAUGAUUAGCAUGGAUCGCGAAGAACAAUUUGUUGAGAUUAAAGUAAGAGGACCACCGGAGACUGCGACUGCAAUGUUCUACUUUCUCGAAGACUUUGUUAACACGGCCGAGCAGGUGAUAAGUCAUGUUACUCCAGGCUUGUGUUAUGAGAAACAUAUACUCAGCCCGUCCAAUCUUAAGGAACAUACAAAAAAUCCACACUGUUACACUCCUCAGGAUAUCUUAAUGUCCCAGUUAAAUAAAUAUUCUGUGUUGAAACUGCCAGACGGCAAAAAGGAAAAUUACAAUGAUGUGAUGUUUCUCGGCUCGUCGGAAGCUAAGAACGCUGUUUGUUCAGGUUUUGACCUGCCUAUUUCCUAUCUUCCUAUCCAUGCCAGACAGAGACUGUGUGAGAUUAUGGAUCCUAACGAUCCUCUAGGCAGAGACUGGUGCCUUUUGGCGGUAACUCUAGGACUAGAAACAUGUCUUCCAUCUCUAGAUGCCAAUAGUAAUAGAACAGAAAGUAAGACCGAACGAACAUUAGAAGAAUGGUUAAAUGUUGAACCUAGUGCUACAAUAGGGCAGUUAAUCUCUAAAUUGCAGGAAUUUAACCGGGAGGACGCGGUUGAGGUUUUGUUACAUACAACACCACUGUUCCGGACUAUGGUGUAUGAUGAACAGUCGACAGACGAGAGUGCUGUUCCAGGACUCGGUACCGCCUCCACAAACACCCUGUCUAACCUGUCCAGAUGACAAUCGGAGUAACGCUGUAGGAGAAAUUGAAAUGAUACAGACUUGUAGAUUCAAUAUGCCAGAUCCAGGCCUGUUAUAAAUGCCCCUCUGCAGGUUCUGCAAAUUUUUUCUUCACAUAUAUUUAUUUCAUUUUGCAUUUUGAUGUUUUGAAAUGGUAACAUAAAUUGAGGUAAAAAUUUAGAUUAAGACAUUAGGUUUAUAGAAAUGAAUUUUUUUUAAACUACUUAACUAAUGAUAUUGUUAUUUUUAUUAUCUUGAAAUUUUCUAAUUAAUCGGCAAUAUGAAGUAAGAUGACCAAUAAUAAGAUGUGUUAUUUAUAUUUUGUAGAUUUUUGGUAAAUUUUGAUAAGAACAGUAGAAAAUGAUUAAACUGUAAUUUUUUGCCAUUGUCAUUUUACUGGAUCAGUGUCUGUUCUAGGGAGUGCAAGUUAGGAAUUGAAGCAUUUAAAUAAAAUAGCCAAAAAAAAUUCCAAAGAUUUCUCCUGGUAAACAACCACGCACAUGAAAUCCCAGUGAAAGAAGAAAAAAGAAACAAUAUAAUUUAACAGGCUUAUCAACAAUUCACAACUAGAGAUACAUUGAUUCAGCAGUAUUGACGUCAGAUUUAACCCUGUGUUUAGAAUUAGUGUGCAAAUUUAAUUGAAACAAAUAAAUUGCUUGCAUAAUGCUGAAAUAAAUUUUUAAAAUUCUAUUGAAAAAUUAAACUUAAAUUUUCAUUAGACAAAACGAAAUUGACACUGGGUAUAGUGUGAAAUCUUAAACACAUACUAAAAUCUCCCCACCUUUAUUUAAAUGGU